AUGGCGUACGGUCAGCUGCUGGCCGGACCACGCUGCAUGACUGAUGGGGAACAGAGGCACUGGCACAAGGCUCUACUGCUGCUCCCAGAGAUUCUGCACAGCAAAACGUUCCCAUUAAAUGUUUCUGCUGGUUCUAGGCUGGGAGAGGCCGAAGAUCGGAUCGAAAAGGCCGAAGAGCGGAUACAAGCCUCAGAGGAAGCAACACUGGAGAUGCUAAAGCUACACGUGAAGCUAGAUGAGAAGCUAACGGAAAUGGAGAGUCACAGCAGACGCGAUAAUCUACGGAUUUGUGGAGUAGCCGAAGAGUCCGAAAGAGACUCCGUUAACAUGCUGUCUUUUGUGAACAAACUUCUUCACGAGGGCCUGCAACUGUCUGAAGAAAUGCCCGACUUACAAAUUCAGCGGGCUCAUCGCUCACUAGGCCCUCAACCAACAGCUGGCGCACCGCCUCGCUCUAUUGUGGUCAGGUUUUUGAGCUUUACGGUGAAAGAGAUGCUGCUACACAAAGCGUGGCAAACAAAAGGAUUCAAGUGGAAAGACAAUCAUGUAAACCUCGAUCAUGAUUAUCCGCCGUCCAUCAUUGCUAAACGGAAGGAAUAUGCUGAAAUUCGGAAAGUUUUGAAAGCUAAUAAUGUGAAGUUUCAAACGCUGUUCCCCGCGAGGCUACGCGUGAAGCACGAGGAUGGACCCAAAACAUACGAUACACAGACUGAAGCAGCCAAAGACCUUGUGAACAGAGGCUACGUGAUUACAACAAUGCCAGCACCACCACCGGCGUCAUUGACUGAGCGGAUAAAGCAGCUGUCCUGGACCCGAGUGAAUCGGCGCGCUACGAAGGCUACACGCGACCCCACUCGAGACGCCAGUUACAAGGAGAAGCUUCGCACAUUCCGGAGGACCACUCCAGGCGCAACAGCGGACUAA